CGAAGAGAUAACAUUUUAUCAAUAUAGGCAUAUAGUAAGUAUAUGCCAAUAGAAAAAUCCCUGUAUAAAUAACGAGCAACAUUAAUUAUCUCGGCAAAAUUUUAUUAUUUCGCAUUUUAAAGAAAGCUCUCGCUAGAUGUUUUAGCAUUGUUUGAAUCGAGAAAAUGUCGGAGAAAAUGUACAGGGAAACGACGACGCCCAUGAUAGAGAAAGCGCCGGCGGAAAAGCGCAUGCAAAUCGCCGCCGUGACGUCUGUAUCGUUAGGCACCUUCUGCGCGGGAACGGUCCUCUGCUGGACGUCCCCGGCCCUCAGCCACAUCGAAACACCAACAGCCAUCAAUUCCACCACGCCCGGCUUCACGGUGACGCCCAGCGAAGGGGCCCUCAUAGCCUCCACUCUAACCUUAGGCGCCCUCUUAUCGGCCAUACCGGCCGGCUAUUUCGCCGACAAAUUCGGCCGGAAACCCGUCAUACUAUCCCUAGCCGCCAUGUUCCUGCUCAACUGGAUCAUGAUCACCUUCGCCCGCAGCCUCACAGUGGUCCUCGUCGCCAGACUGUUCGCCGGAAUCGGCCUAGGCGGCAUCUGCGUGGUGGCCCCCAUCUACAUCGGCGAGAUCUCCGAGGCGUCGCACCGCGGCUUCUUCGGCUCGUUCCUGCAGCUCGGCCUCGCCGGCGGCGUCUUCUACACCUGCCUAGUGGGCAACUUCGCCGGCUGGGCGGGCCUGGGCGCCGCUCUGGCCGCCACGCCCGUCCUGCUCGGCGCCACGUUCGCCUUCAUGCCCGAGUCGCCGGUGUACCUGAUCGGCAAGGGGCGGCGCAAGCGCGCCGAGCGCAACCUGCGCGCCCUGCGCGGCCCCCUCUACGACAUCGCCGAGGAGGUGCGCGCCGCCGAGGAGAACGCGGCGGCCGCCGCCGCCAAGGAGCGCGUCGGCGUCGCGGCGCUGUUCACGAGCAGGGCGAACGCCAGGGCGCUGACGUCGGCCGUCGGGGUGCUGGUGUGCCAGCAGUUCAGCGGCAUAAACGUGAUCGUUUUCUACACGGUGGCCAUCUUCCAAGCGGCCGAAACCGAUCUGUCGCCGUUCGUGUCGGCUUUGAUCGUUAACGCCGUGCAAUGGGCGUCCUCCGUCAUACCGAUGGUGACCAUCGAACGGGCCAAUCGCAGGCUGUUCCUCAUGGCCUCGUCGCUGGGCAUGAUGGCGUGCCUGGUCGGUUUGGGCGUCUUCUUUCAUUUGAAAUUGAUCGUGAUCGACGCCGCCUCGCGCUUCGGCUACCUCCCGUUGACCAGCACCGUGCUGUUCAUGGUGUUCUUCUGCAUCGGCUACGGGCCCAUACCGUGGAUGCUGUUGGGCGAGCUGUUCUCGCCCGAGAUCAAAGGCUUCGCCGGAGGUAUAUCGAUUUUGGUGAAUUGGACGAGCGCCUUCGUGGUCACCUUCGCUUUUCCGCUGAUCAAGCAGGCGUACGGCAUGCACGUGGCCUUUUACAUCCUAGGAGGCAUCAUGGGAGCGGCCACUUUGUUCGUGUGCUUCGUAGUGCCCGAAACCAGAGGGAAGACCCUCAAUCAAAUACAAGAAGAACUCAACAGGUAACAGAUAUUUCAUAAAUACAUGUAUUAGUUUAACGUAAAUAAAAUUCGUGUCAUUUG